GAAUCCGGUAGUGUGCAAGAGCGAUCAAGAGAGUGCUUGCGUGCGCUGUUUUGGUAAAGUGGAGAGGAAGGCGAGUAGAGCCAGCUGACGAGUGACGCCACGCGUGCGUGCGUGCUGUGCCUGCCUGGCGGGCUUCUGGCCUUCUCCUCCCUCUCUGCACGGGGAAAAGAAUAGAAAGGAGCCUUCCGCUCUCACGACGUCUCGACCCGUCGACCGCUUCGCCACCACAACCCCGCCGGAACCCUAACCCUAGCAGCGGGAGCCCCAUCCGCCGGGCCGUACCGAUGGGACGGUCUGUGAAUUGAAGUAGCUUGGAAGAGCGGUGUUAUGCACUGGGAUGGGAGACAAUGUCCUAAAAUUCAGGGUGGGGUUGUUAGGAUAAACUGCAUUAUGGAUUCUGGCAACAGUUCGUGCUCUAGAACACGAAGUGGGCUUGUAAGGAAAAAAGACACAUUUGCUCUCAGUAGAUCUUCAUGUUCAAGAACUCGAAGUGGACUUCUAAGAGUAAAGAGCUCUGUGGAUUCCAGUGAUGUUUCGAGUUCCAGAACUCGAAGUGGCCUUCUAAGGAUAAAGAGCUUUCUGGAUUCCCAUGAUGGUUCAUUUUCGAGGUCACAAAGUGACCAUGUAGGAGGUAGCCCUCCUAUUGUUGAGGCUAUAAAUGAUGAAUCAGUUUUGAAGGAGUCUCCUGAUAGAUUGAUGAAAGAAGAGAUGCCUGUUACAACUCCAAAUGGGCUUGUUAGACAGAGCUUUACUGAACAGGCUGUAACCAAGGACAAGUCAGGCAUGAGGACACUUCUCGAUGGAUGUUUGAGUGAAGAUAUGCCUUCUAGAACACGGAGUGGACUUGUCAGAAGAAGCCCUACUGUUAAGACUCUAAGCAAGGACAAAUCAGUCAUUAAGGGGCUGGCAGAUGGGUGUCUGAAAGAAGACAAGCCUCUUGGAACACGAAGUGGCCUUGUGAGUGGAAGCCUUGCUGCCAAGGUUCCAAUCAAGGCUGAAGUACUCACAAAGGGGCAGCAUGAUAGAUGGCUGAAAAAUGACAAGGCUGCUGCAAUGCGGAGUGACCAUGGUGGCAGAAGAUUGGCUGCCAAGACUGUAAGCGAGGACAAAAGAGGCGUUGAGGGUUUGCCUGAUGGAUGGCAAAAAGAAUACAGACCCAGGAAGAAUGGUCCAUGUUCAGAUCCGUACUACAUUGAUCCAGUCAGUGGAUAUGAAUUCCGCUCUUUGAAGGAUGUGCACAACUAUCUUGAAACUGGAGAUAUUAGCCAAUGCGCUGUGACACCAAAGAAGAGCACCAUCUGCGAAGAUAUAACAGAAAGUCAAACUCAUACUAGUACAUCACCGCAGCACAUGAGGCCUGGUACUGCGAAUAAGGGUAUUCAGUGUGAAAUAUUAACUUCGGAUGGUAUCAUGGCGCCAUGGGAGGAUAAUGGAAAUGAUACUGAACAUACCAUGUUACCAGAGCCUGAGAGCUUGAAAGCAACUCAAGGGUAUGGCAACAAGCUUGAAACUUCAGAACCCACGAGGGUUCAACCGGUUUCUCCACAUAAUGGUUCAAGACAAACCAAAUCUGUUAAAAGGAAAGAAUCAAAUGCAGAGGUCAAAUCCAAGAAGCGUAAAACCAGUUCUGCUGUGACUCGUGUUCGAGCGUCGCCCCGCUUAGCUGCAUUAAAUGCUCAUCUUGAUGUAAGCAUCGAACAUGAAGAUGACAUGGUUAGCACAAAUCAUGUGGACUGGGUACAGACUAUUGAAGAGAGAGCCAUCGAUCAGGCACAGAAAAGCCAAUCAGGCUCUUUUGAUCAGAUACAUGGUAAUCUGGAAAGCACUUUCAGUCAGUUACAGUUGAGCCAAGCAGACCCUGCUAAUGGAAUGCAGGUUAUACAGGCAAACACUACCAUUCAUUCACAACCAAGCCAAUUGGAUACUCUGAGUCCUACACAGAAAAAACAGGAAAACAGUUCCAAACAGUUACAAUCUGUGGUCACAGAUUCUUCGAUUCCAAAACGAACCACACAGAAAUGCACUAUAGAUCAGCCAAGCCAGCCAGACAUAAAUCAUAUACGCACAGAUCAGGAAUUCACUGGGAAUCAGUUCCCCUCGAGCCUACCAGUUGACACUGUUAUUUCAUUAGGGGAUACUGAAGAAUUCACAGCGGGUCACUCACAGCCAAGAAAUAGUGACACUGCAGGACAAAUUCAGGCCAAUGAGGAAAAUACUGCCGAUCAAGUACAGUUGAGCCUGGCAGAGACAGUCAUUCUGGUACCGGCUAUUCAAGAAUAUGCUGCUGGUUAUUCACUGCUGAGCAAAGCUGACACUACUGAUCAAACACAGGCCAAUCAGGAAUACAUUGCUGAUCAAGUACAAUCGUGCCUAACAGACGCACUCAUUCCAGUAAAAGCUAUUGAGGAAUACACAACUGAUUAUUCACAUAUUAGUAAAGCUGACAUUACAAAUCAAAUACAGGUCAAUCAGGAAAGCACUGAUGAUCACUUAUAUUUACGUCAAGUAGACUGUCUCGCUGAAAUGCAGAUAAUUGAGCAAAAUUUGUCCAAGCAACCUCAGCUGAGCCAACCAGACACUGGGGAUCAAAUACGAAUUGAUCUGGAAAGCACUACCAAUCACUUGCAACCAAACUACGAUGAAAAUUCUAUGCUGCAAUCUGGUUUCUCUUGGGCUCCUGAACAGAACAGAGGAGCCCCUACUACAGAUUUCUGGAAAAAUGUUGAAAGUCAGGCGUCAUCGGUUUCCAUGCCAAUAAAUGGAGCGCCUCUUUCAAGCUUUCCAGCAAAUGUCAGAUUCCAAAAUGCAGCAGCAGCAGCAGCAGCAGCAGAACCUGCUUUGCCACCACAGGUUGCUCCAACCGAAACAGGUUCCGAUCAGUCUGGGUUGGCCUUCCAAUCCCUUUUCGGAAACAUCUGGUCAGAUCCUUGCAUCGAGUUUGCUUUCAAGACCCUUACAGGCGACAUUCCUGUUCUCGACGACACAACGGCUGUCACAGACUACUUCCCAGAGCAACAAGACUUGAAUAAAGACCCAGCGCCAAACUGUGCAGGCUCUGUGUUUGACAGUUCAAGAAACCACACACAAGUCGACGUCAACCUUCCACCGCCUGCUCCGGAUGGUUUCUACGAUGGCAGCUGGUUCCCUCCCCAAUGAAUUUGAGUGCAGGGAGGGGAAAAAUGCAAUAACAUUUUGUACCUGUGAAAAGGCAAAUCAGAGAAGGCUAGUGGCCGAAACAUAAAAGCAAUAGUCGCACUCUUGUUAGGGCUCUGAUCUGAAUGUCUAAUCCCACAGGACACAUUUUGUAAAAAGGCGGUAGCUUCUUUAGCCUUAUUAGACUGUUAAUACACUCAACUGAAUGAUGUCCAGUUCCAUCAACAAGGCUUCACCGAGACUGUCGAGUGACUGAUCAGGAUCAUGUUUUUUUUUUCACGUUUUGCUUCUGUGCAGUUGCCUAAUAAACCCAUUCGUUGUAAACAAGCCAGUUCUAACUUUAAAAAAAAGGGCCUGUGCAUGGCGCUCUAGGUUAUUGUGCAGAUGGAACUGUUCUUGAUAUUUUGAACACGCAAAUGUAGAGGCUUUGCUGUCACA